AAUGCUACAGUAAUGCUAUAACACUAGCUUAACAGUAAGUGCUAAACACCGGAGCAGUCUAGUAAAGUACGGUUAGAGGUAGACACCGAGAAUUGUAGCAUUAGAAACGAGUUAUACAUUGGGAAAGUAUGGAGAAGCCAAACACAGUUACAUGCACCGCGCCUGUGAAUAUAGCGGUCAUUAAAUACUGGGGCAAGCGAAAUGAAGAAUUAAUUCUACCCAUUAACUCAUCAUUGAGCGUCACACUGCACCAAGACCAGCUGAAAACUACCACAACAGUGGCAACCAGCAGGUCAUUUCAGGAGGAUCGAAUAUGGCUAAAUGGCAAAGAAGAGGACAUAACCCAUCCUCGACUACAGUCGUGUCUGAGAGAAAUUCGACGACUUGCAAGGAAGAGAAGUAAGGACGGGGACCGUGCUUUGGAUUCGAUGAGAUUGUCUCACAAAGUCCACAUCUGCUCGGUUAACGACUUCCCCACCGCCGCCGGCCUCGCCUCCUCCGCUGCAGGAUUUGCUUGUCUAGUUUACACUCUUGCCCAGGUGUUUGGCGUGGAGGGCGAGUUGUCUGAGAUUGCUCGGCAAGGCUCCGGGAGCGCAUGCCGAAGUAUGUAUGGAGGGUUUGUCCAGUGGAUCAUGGGAGAGGAGGACAAUGGCAAGGACAGUCUGGCCCAGCAGGUGGCACCAGAGACUCAUUGGCCUGAGCUCAGAGUCCUGGUAUUAGUGGCCAGCGCGGAGAGGAAGCCAGUGGGCAGCACCUCUGGGAUGCAGACCAGUGUACAAACAAGCCGUCUCUUAAAGCACCGAGCCGAGUCUGUGGUCCCCGGCCGGAUGGAAGAGAUGAUUGAAGCCGUGCAAAGAAAGGACUUUGCUGCAUUUGCUGAUCUAACGAUGAAGGACAGCAACCAGUUCCACGCAACCUGCCUUGACACAUACCCACCCAUCUUUUACCUCAACAGUGUGUCUCAACAAGUUAUCAAUUUGGUGCAUCGGUAUAACAGACACUACAAGGAGACACGGUUGGCCUACACGUUUGACGCGGGACCCAACGCUGUGAUCUACACGCUACAGCAGCAUGUUCCUGAGUUUGUUCAGACAGUUCAACAUUUCUUCCCCCCAGAGACCAAUGGAGGAGAGUUCGUAAAGGGUCUUCCCAUUGAGCAAGUGGCUCUUUCUGAGGAGCUGAGACAGGCUAUUGGCCUAGAGCCCCUGCCAAAGGGAAUAAGCUACGUUAUUAGCACUAAGGUUGGACCGGGCCCUUGUGUUCUGGAGGAUCCCACUCAGCAUCUCCUCGGAUCUGAUGGGUGGCCUAAGAAAACUUUGUGAUCCACUGAAUAAAAAUGAGGACAAGAAAGCAGAUAACAAAUUUGCAUUUGUUUACGAUUUUACAAAUCACAGACACCACAGCUUCAUUACCUUUGUAGAUGCUAAUAUGUCUUUCUUGAUUAUCAAGCUUUACUGGUGUCCCCGUCCUUAUCUCUAAAUUGGUCAUUUCUCGGUAUCUUUGCUCACGGGUACGACACACUGCACCAUGAAUGCAGCUCUGUACUGCAGCUGGUCUUGAGCUCUCUAGUCUACCUGAGCGCAUGCUUGUGCCUACAAUCCAUUUCAUUCUUCUUUUUAUUUAAUUUUCCUCUUCGGCAAAAAAACGAAUGUCAGGCUUGCAGUACGUACUUACCGUUUGACAAUUGUAUUCUGUAACACUAAAUAAAAUAUAUUGUUGUCAAUACA